UUCGCUCUUAUUCUCUGUAUAUAUAUGUAUAUACCAAAGGAUGUUAAUGUCUGUAAGUGAGUAGUGGUAGUGUAUUUUGUGGAGAGCCCUUGGUUGAAUUCUUCCUCUCUUCGUAUCCUAUCCUUUAUCAUCUGAAAACGGCUAGACGACGCGUCGUCGGCACAAUCGAGUUCUGACGGCGGCAUCGUCCGCUUGUGCUCAACGUGGACUCAGCGAUACACGUAACUCACUUUUAACGGGACGGUUUUUUUUAUUUAUUAUUAUUGUGAGUUGAUUUUUUUAAUUAAAUUUUUUUUUUUAAAUUUAAAAGGACUAAAAAUUUUUUUUUCGUUUGUUAGUAAUUUGUUAUUUUUUUGUGGGCUUGCGAUAUGGGAGUAGUGAAGACUGCGUCUGAGAAUAUACUCGAAGAAACUGUGUUGCCCAGCGAGGAAGCUAAUUUUUCAUUGCAAGGUCAUACUGAUGAUUGGAAUGAUAAUUUUUCCUACCAAGUGCUAAUUGGUAGUGGAGUUGCACUCAUGGCUCUUGUUUUCCUUGCAACCGUGAGCUUUCACUGUUCAUCCACGUGGAAAUGGCUGAUGGCUGUGGCCAGACAAGAAAGUGAUGACGGUACUGACGGCGACGUAUCACAACGAAAUGACAUAAGGAUAAGUCAUUCAUUGCCUGAUUUACAAUCUGAACCCAUCACACAUGAAUAUGUACAAGAACAAAAGGAAAGCAAAAAAGUAUUACGUCAAACGACAUUACCAAUAGUACCAACACGACAUCAAACAUUUCAACGUCAAUUGUCUCACCGUCUUGAUCUUCCCAAUAUAAAAUUCAGUAUCUGCAGUCUUGAGAAUCGAAGUGACUCAAGUCUUGGACUUAUCAAGCCGGAAUUGUAUAAAAAAGAUUUAACAAGACAAGAGAGCACCGAAAGUUCGAGUACCGUAGAAAUGGAAGUUGCUGGUAAACUUCACUUUGCGCUGCGUUAUGAUAAAGAGAUUGAAGGUCUUGUGGUUAAGGUACUACAAGCACGCGGAUUACCUAUUAAAGAUGUAACCGGAAGUAGUGAUCCGUAUGUUAAAAUUUAUCUUCUACCCGACAGGAAAAGAAAAUUUCAAACGAAAGUUCAUCGCAAAAAUUUGAAUCCCGUUUUUAACGAAACUUUCAUUUUCAGUGUAUCUUACGAAGAAUUGAGAGAAAGAUUCUUGCAAUUUUCCGUCUACGAUUUCGAUCGUUUCUCACGGCACGAUUUAAUCGGACAAGUCGUGCUCAAGGGAUUAUUAGAAUGUACGGAUCUAGAGCAAGAAAUUGAAUACACAAUGGAUAUACUUUGUGCAACUCAGGAUAAGGUAAAUUUAGGAGAAUUGAUGCUGACACUCUGUUUUCUUCCAACGGCAGGCCGACUAACACUUACAGUAAUUAAAGCUAGAAAUUUAAAAGCUAUGGAUAUAACUGGAAAAUCUGAUCCGUAUGUAAAAGUAUAUUUACUUUGUCAGGGAAAGAGAAUUAAAAAGAAAAAGACGACUGUUAAAAAAAAUACACUAUUUCCGGUUUAUAAUGAGUCACUGGUCUUUGAUGUACCCGCUGAGAAUAUUGAUGACGUCAUAUUAAUUGUUAAAGUUAUUGAUUACGACAGAAUUGGGUCGAAUGAGUUAAUGGGAUGCACGGCAAUAGGAUCAAAUGCAAUAGGUAUUGGGAAAGAACACUGGUCAUUGAUGUUAGAAAAUCCGCGUAAACCAGUAGCACAAUGGUAUCCAUUACUUGAUACUGUUACCAAUCAUAUUCAAACACUAUAUUCAGAACCACUUCCUGUCAGUCUCAGUUGUUUAAACAGCAGAUGAAGUUUUAUCAAUUACCGCUAAUUGCGGGGGCUCAAUAAUUAUGUUGGACACUAAAAAAAUAUAUAUAUAUAAAUAUAAUAGUCCUUUCUAUCCUUGUAUAUCUGAAUACACUUAAGAAAAAAAAUCGUCUUGAUUGACGAGUGGAAAUAAUUUCAGUCUCGACAUUGAACUCUGACAACAAACAUAAAAAUAUUUAUAAAUAUAUAUACAUAUGUAUAUAUAAGAGAUACAAAUAAAUGAAAUGAAGCAAAAAAUCGACAGGGGGUUAAAUGGACCAGUGGGUCCGUGACAAAAAAAAACUUGCAUGCCUUAGACAGUGAAUUAAAAUGUGUACUUAGGAAUGUGUUAAAUGCGACAAGUAUUUUUUUAAAAAAUAUUAAAUCUAUAUAAAUACGAGACAAUAUUUUUAACAAUGCCUCGUUAUUUGUUCGAUAAUUUGUUUUAUUUUUUUAACAAAAAAAAUGCUUUGCUUAUGACAAUACUUUCGAGCCCCUGAAAAAAGAUAAUCAUAAAAAAAAUAAUAAUAAUAAAGUUGAUAACGAGAUUUAAAAUAAUGAUGUUGAUUACAAUAUUAACAAUAUAUACUAUAAAUAUAUGCAGUAUUAAAAUUUAUAAAGAAAAAAAUGUGGAAUGGCCUUAUUUUUGGAAAUGAACGAAAUUUGAACAGCGAAAGAAAAAUAUUAAUAAAUUAAUAUUAAGGCUAUUCUCAAACAGUGCCCCCCCCCCCUCCCCAUUUUUCAAAGAUUUUCAAUGACUUUCAACUGUCAUAAGUAGAGAAAGGAUUUUUGCUUUGAUUAAAAAAUAACGAUUGAUGCUGUCAAAUUUUUGAUGUUGCGGUGGAAAUAUUGAGCGUAUAAAAAAUUUUUUUAAACAAAAGUUGUAGGAAAUUUAAUUUUAUGAAAAAAAUGUCUCUUAUAAUUUUUUCUUAGGACUAAUAAAAAAGCCGUAAUUUCAAAAUUAAGAUUUUCAUAAUUAAUGAAAUUUUGAAUCGUUCAUUAUUAAUCCUAAUUUUGGAAUUGCGGUGAAAAUAUUGAUCGUAUAAAAAAUUUUUUUAAACAAAAGUUGUAGGAAAUUCAAUUUUCUAAAAAAAAUGUCUCCUAUAAUUUUUUCAUAGCACUGAUAAGAAAGCCGUAAUUUUAAAAUUAAGAUUUUCAUAAUUAAUAAAAUUUUGAAUCGUUCAUUAUGAAUCUUAAUUUUGGAAUUGCGGUAAAAAUAUUGGUCGUAUAAAAAAAUUUUUUAAAUAAAAGUUGUUCAAAAUUCAAUUUUGUAAAAAAAAUAUCUUUUAUAACUUUUUCUUAGGACCAAUAUUUUCACCGUAAUUUCAAAAUUAAGAUUUUCAUAAUUAUCAAAAAUUUGAACCGUUCAUUAUGAAUCUUAAUUUUUGAAUUACGGCGAAAAUAUUGGUCGUAUGAAAAAAUCAUAGAAGACGAUUUUUUUCAGAAAUUAAAUAUCCAACAACUUUUGUUUUAAAACUUUUUUUAUAAGACCGAUAUUUUCCCCGUAAUUUCAACAAUUUGAACUAUUCAUUUUAAAAAUAAGGCAAAAAUCUUGUCUCUAGUCAUAAGUAACAUAAUUAAUUAAUUGAAAAAAAAAAUUAAAGCAUUAACUGAAAAAAGGACAAUUUCGCCGAGGUAUAGAUAAAAAAAACUACUUACAGUUGAUGUCAAUUAGGAGUUAAACGAAAUUUGGGAAAUAAAUUUCAGCCUACAAAAUUUAUAAGUUCGAAUUAUAAAAUCGACAUGACGAUUUCACUGAAAUUUAUUUUCCAAAUUUCGUUUAACUCCUAAUUUAUGUCAACUGUAAGUAAUUUUUUUCUAGAUCUAUCUCAGCAAAAUUGUCUUUUCUUCAAUUAACGCUUAAACUUUUUGAUUAAUUAAUUUAUCAAAUUUAGAUACGCUUAUGAUAGUUGAGUCAUUGAAAAUCUUUAAAAAGUGGGGGGGGCGCUGUCUGAAAAUGCCCUUAAUUGAAAAAAGAAAAAAAACAAGUAGAUGUUAGUGUCUUUGUGUACUCUAAUGACUAAUAAUGAUAGUAAUUAAUGAAAAAAAUUAGAUAGAUCAGUAGUAAAUAACUAUAAAUAUAUAAUCAAUCAUAAUCAUAAUCAUGAUAAAUAUAGUAAUUUUUUUAAACCCAUUGAGUGAAAAAAAUACUUAAAUAUAUUUAUCAAUUGGACGAGUUGUUAUAGUUCAGGAUGAAUGAUAUCAAUAAGAGAAAUAAUUAAAAGCUGAGUUAUGUUUGCGUUGGCUAGAUUUCAAGUCAAGUAAAAGACCCAAUUAUUGAUACUUAAUUACUUGUAUAAUUUAUUUUUAAAUGUUCAUAGUCCAACUAUAGUUGGGGGAAAAAUAACCUAUGGUCAUACGAAAAUUUAUGUUAGAUGUUUUUUUUAGGCUUGAAAAUAAUUAUUUUGACUCAUGUUUUUUGUGUGUAAUUAAAUUAAGUGGAGCAGAAAGUUUUAUACUGAGGACGUCGAUAUAUUGAGUGCGUUAGACCGAACUUAGUCCUUAGUUAACUCAGUAAGUUACUUAGUGUAAAAGCCUUCUAACUUUACUUAGACUUAGUUUACUGAGGCCAUAGUUCGGUCAAAUACUUCCGUUGUCUGGAAAAUUAUUAAAAUAUUGUUUCUUAAUAAAUUACAAUUUUCAAAUUUUCCCGCGUUAUUGAUAUUUUGUAAAACAGGAAACAAAAGUACGCGAUUAUUUUUCUUACGCCACAUCUAGACUCCUACAAAAUCACGGCCGCGAAUUUUGUCGCGAUUCGCGCGUGAUCUCUGUGCAAAAAAAAAUUCCUCUACGCAUUGUCGCGCUCUGUGAAUUUAUUUUUCCGACGAAAACUGACAUCGGACAGGGAACUCUAAGACGCGCAAAUCUGAACAGCGGAAAUAACUAGACAUAUUUCGCGGCUAUUGCAGGGUUUCGCAGCGCACGAGAACGAAAUAAUCAGGAGACACGGUAGUGUCUCGCGCCAAGUGCACGUUCAAAUCAAACACAUGUAUAUGUGUGAAGUGUCAUGGCGCGGGCCUACCGUGUCUUUAUACCGUAGACCGAAUGGUAUUUAGCUCCAAUAGUAAUACCUGCUCUCUAUUCUACACUAGAACUAAGAUAGCCGCGAAACACGAGUCUGCCCCUAUAAAAAAAAAUUUAUAAAAAAAAUAUAUGUUAAAAUAUAAAAAAAAUAUAUAAAUUAUGUAUAAAAAAUAUAUUUUAAAUAGCUAACUUUUGGCCGAUUUUCGUAUAUAUUUUAUAUAUUUUAAAUAUAUAAAAAAUACAUCUAUAAAAAUAUACGAAAAUUGUAUUUUUCUUAUAUUUAAAAAUAUAUAUUAGUAAGAUAUUUUAAAUCUAUAAAAAAUAUAAUUAUGAAAAUAUGAAAAAAUUAUAUAAAAAAUAUAUUUUUUAUAUAAUUUUUGUAUAUUUUUAUGCAUGUAUUUUUUAUAUAUUCUAAGAUAUAUUUUUAAUAUAUUUAAAAUAUAUAAAAUAUAUACGAAAAUCGGCCAAAAGUUAGCUAUUUAAAAUAUAUUUUUUAUACAUAUUAUAUAUAUAUUUAUAUAUUUUUUAUGUAUUUUUAAUAUAUUUUUUUUCAUGGGGGUGGUCAGUUUCGCGAUGUCAAGUUUGCGACUCUCGAUGUUUCUUAUACAGUUUUGGUUUUCGUUAAGCGACAAAAGUCUCGCGGAACUCAAAAACGUCUAGAGGAAGACAUUUUUUAUUUUGCGUAGAGAUCAUGCGCGAAUCA